AUGAUUGCUACCUUUCUCUUCCUCUCUUUAUUCUCCGCCCUCUCCACCUCCCUUUCUCAACCCCCCAGAGGUGUACAUAUUGAUUGUGGCGCGACAGAAAUCUCCACGAUCAACGGCAUAGAAUGGCUGCCGGACACCGGCUACGUAUCCUCCGGGACUCCGAAGAACGUUACAACACAGGUUUUAUUCCCAACUCUUGCCACUGUCCGUACAUUUCCAUUGGAAAACAACCUUUUCAAGAAGUUCUGCUACGAAAUUCCAGUUGACCGUACGAGGAAGUACAUGGUAAGGACUACAUAUUUCUAUGGCGGAAUCGGUGGUUAUAUUAACCCACGGCCACCGGUGUUUGAUCAGAUAGUUGAUGGGACACCAUGGUCCGUGGUGAAUACAACAGAAUAUUAUAUGAAUGGAGAUUCUAAAUGUUAUGAAGGAAUUUUUAAGCCUACUGGGAAGAAUUUGAGUGUAUGUUUGGCUGCUAAUACAUAUACAGAUUCGGACCCUUUUAUUUCUGCCCUGGAGGUUUUGGUUUUGUCGGAUCAAUUGUACAAUUCCACAGAUUUUAAUACUUAUGCUUUGAGUUUAGUUGCAAGGCACGGUUUUGGGCUCGGGGGAUCGGGAAUAAGAUAUCCUGACGACCUAUUUGAUCGUUAUUGGGCACCAUUUGGAGAGAGUAAUUCUCCCACGUUGAGUUCUGAAAAUGUUUCUGUUCCUGGUAUCUGGAAUCUACCCCCGGAGAGAGUGUUUCAGACAAGACUGACAAAAGGCCAGCCAGAACCCCUGGUCUUAAUGUGGCCUCCAGCAUCUCUCCCUAACUGGACAUACUACAUCGCACUUUAUUUUGCGGAUGAUCAUGUUUCAAUGAGCUCAAGAAUGUUGGACAUAACCAUAAAUGGGAUAACUUAUUACAAUAACCUUAGUGUGACUCCAGCUGGUGUUGUUGUCUUUGCAAACCAGUGGCCUCUUUCUGGUUCGACAAAUUUAACAUUAACUUCUUCUCCUGGAUCAAGUGUCAGUCCUCUAAUCAAUGCAGGAGAGGCUUUUCAAGUUCUGACAAUUGGAGGAAAAACUCUUGCACGUGAUGUUGUUGCUAUGGAAAUAUUGAAAGAAAGUUUCCACAACCCUCCCGUUGAUUGGUAUGGCGAUCCAUGUUUACCCCGUCAAUACUCAUGGACUGGAGUUACUUGCUCAGAAGGACCCCGAAUCCGUAUAGUAACCUUAAACCUGACGAGCAUGGGUCUUUCAGGAUCUAUCUCACCAAAUAUUGCCAAGAUGACAGCAUUGAGAACCAUCUCGCUCGGGAACAAUAGUCUGUCAGGAACUAUACCCGACCUCAAUUCAUUGAAGGGAUUGGAAAUUUUGCAUUUGGAAGACAAUUGGCUUCGUGGACAGAUUCCCCCAUCGCUGGGAAACUUAAAAAACUUGCGUGAGCUCUUCCUAUAUAACAAUAAUCUGACCGGCCAAGUACCAAGCAAUGUUUCUGGAAAACCUGGAUUGGAACUAAGGGUUACCCCCGGGAAUCCCUUUUUGAUACUGCCACCGUCAUGA